AUGGCGGGAAGGUCAGGUGCGCGUGGAUCUGCAGGUGGGGGUUCUAGCAAAACUUGCCAGUUCAAGCUUGUAUUGUUGGGAGAAAGCGCUGUUGGUAAAUCUUCACUCGUACUGAGAUUUGUAAAAGGCCAGUUUCAUGAGUACCAAGAGUCAACAAUCGGUGCUGCUUUUCUAACGCAGACACUGUGUGUGGAUGAUACGACAGUAAAGUUUGAAAUAUGGGACACAGCAGGACAAGAAAGGUACCACUCCCUGGCUCCAAUGUAUUACAGAGGUGCACAGGCAGCAAUAGUUGUAUAUGAUAUUACUAAUCAAGAGUCUUUUGCAAAGGCUAAGAAUUGGGUGAAGGAACUGCAGCGGCAAGCGAGCCCUAAUAUCGUUAUUGCUUUGGCUGGAAAUAAGGCAGAUCUGGCAAAUAAACGAGUGGUGGAAUUUGAGGAAGCUCAAGCAUAUGCUGAUGACAAUGCACUUCUCUUUAUGGAAACGUCUGCUAAAACGGCAAUGAAUGUAAAUGAUAUCUUCCACGCAAUUGCAAAGAAAUUGCCAAAAGGAGAUGCUAGUGGUGGUGGACCUUCUGGACGCGGACGAGAAGGAGUUGAUAUUGGGCAAGAGAACACUAACCAGGGACUUGGGUCUGGCUCUUGUUGCAAGUAA